AUGAACGACGACGACGAAAUACCAACUCUUAUCGAGCAUCCCGCUGACGACGCACAAGACUCUUCUUCUUCUUCAGCUAAAAAAGUCCCUCUUACGAUUAUCUGCGGCUUUCUUGGUGCUGGGAAAUCGACUCUGUUGCGACGAAUCCUGACUGAGCAACAUGGUUUUCGGAUUGCAGUGAUAAUGAACGAAUUUGGAGACACUGCAGACAUUGAAGCAAAAACCAUCAAUCUUGCCUCUGAAGGUCAAGAAAGCGAAGAAUUUCUCGAGCUCGCAAAUGGGUGUCUUUGUUGUAGCAUCAAAGAUACUGGCAUCGCUGCGAUUGAGAAGCUGAUGCAACGCAAAGGCGGAUUUGACCAUAUUCUGCUGGAGACUACCGGCCUGGCAGACCCCGGGCCGAUAGCGUCGCUUUUCUGGCACAAUGAAGAGUUCUCGACUGGACUAGGAAGAGACAUCGCCCUCGAUGGUGUGAUUUGUGUGGUUGAUGCAGUCUUUGGCCCACAGCAAAUGAGGGAAGAUAGCGCCACUUCAACAGCUGGAGAGAGUCUUCGUCAAAUUGCUGGCGCGGAUAUUUUAUUAUUGAACAAAGUUGAUCUUGCAAAACCAGAAUCGGUAGAAGAAACAGUCGAUGUUCUGCGGGGUUUGAAUCCCGCCGCGCCAGUAUACCGCACGAUUCGAGGUGAGGUAGAGAUCAAGAAGCUUCUUGGAGUUCACGCGUAUGCCGCGGCGCCCACCGUUAUUUCCGGCCAUGACCAUGACCAUCACGGAGACCACGUUCACGCACCAGAGCCAACCCACUACGAGUUGCGAGGCAUUUCCAGUCUGCUUGUCACAGUGCCAACUCUUUCUCAAACACAACUUGAUGGGUUGGAUGAAUGGGUCCGGACUGUGCUUUGGGAGCAACGCUUACCGGAAGUCACAACUUCAGAGAAUACCGAACUAUCGAUACUCCGCUGCAAAGGGCUUUUUGUGACGGAAUUUGGCUCACAAUAUGUGUUGCAAGGCGUGCGAAGUCUGUAUGAAAUGACGGUGGCCACUGAUGGCCUUGGUCUGCCUGACGCCGGCAAGUUGGUAUUGAUUGGGACAGGACUUAACGCCCGUGUUCGGGAGAGUCUUGUGAAAAUCUGGAGCCGAUAG